AUGGGGAAGCCCAACCCGCUGCAGGGCGCGAACUUCUGCUCCCAGCUGUUGUCCUGCUGGCUAAACCCUUUGUUUAAAAUUGGUCACAAACGGAAAUUAAAACAAGAUGACAUGUACUCGGUGCUUCCAGAAGAUCGCUCCCAGUACCUUGGAGAAGAGCUGCAAUGGCACUGGGAUCGAGAAGUUGAGAGAGCCCAGAGAGAUGCACGGGAGCCUUCUUUAACAAAAGCAAUCAUGAAGUGUUACUGGAGCUCCUACGUAGUUUGGGGAAUUUUUACGUUUUUUGAGGAAGGGACCAGAGUAGUUCAGCCCAUGUUUUUGGGGAAAAUGAUUAGUUAUGUUGAAAACUAUGAUCCCAAUGAUUCUGACGCUUUGCAUGAAGCCUACGGCUACGCGGCAGGGCUGAGCGCCUGUGUGCUCGUGUGGGCUGUUCUGCACCACUUGUACUUCUAUCACAUGCAGCGUGUGGGGAUGAGGCUGAGAGUAGCCGUGUGUCAUAUGAUCUACCGCAAGUCACUUUGCCUGAGUAGCUCGGCCAUGGGGAAGACCACCACAGGCCAGAUAGUCAACCUGCUGUCCAACGAUGUGAACAGGUUUGAUCAGACAUUUCUUCUUGUGAUUGGUGUGGUGGGCGUGAUGGUGGCUGUGAUUCCUUGGAUUGCUAUACUGGUGAUUCCCCUUGGCAUCAUUUUCUUUGUUCUCCGGUGGUAUUUCUUAAGGACAUCACGAGAUGUAAAACGCCUGGAAUGUACAACUCGGAGCGUGGUGCUUUCCCACCUAGCAUCUUCUCUCCUGGGACUCUGGACCAUCCAGGCAUACAAAGCCGAACAGAAGUUUCAGGAUCUGUUUGAUGCAUAUCAGGAUUUGCACUCAGAGGCUUGGUUCCUGCUUUUGAUGAUGUCCCGAUGGCUUGCUGUGUAUCUAGAUGUCACCUGUGCCAUCUUCAUCACUGUUGUUGCCUUUGGGGCCCUGAUUCUGGCAGAAACUUUGGAUCUCGGGGAGGUUGGCCUGGUGCUGUCUCUCACCCUCACACUCACAGGGAUGUUCCAGUGGUGCGUCAGGCAAAGUGCUGAAGUGGAGAAUAUGAUGAUUUCAGUAGAAAGAGUGAUUGAAUAUACAGACCUUGAGGAAGAAGCAUCCUGGGAAUAUGAGUUUCGUCCACCACCAUACUGGCCCCCUGAAGGAAACAUUGUUUUUGAUAAUAUUAACUUCAGGUACAGCUUGUCUGGGCCUCUGGUAUUGAUGGACCUGGGAGCACUCACUGACCCAAGAGAAAAGCUUGGCAUUGUAGGAAGAACAGGAGCUGGAAAAAGUUCCCUCAUCGCUGCCCUUUUUAGAUUGUCAGAACCUGAAGGUGGUAUUUGGAUAGAUGGGAUCUGGACAAACAAUAUUGGACUUCAUGAUUUAAGGAAGAAAAUGUCAGUUGCACCUCAGGAACCUGUGUUAUUCACUGGAACAGUGAGGAAAAAUCUGGAUCCCUUUAAUGAGUAUUUGGAGGAGGAACUGUGGAAUGUCUUAGAAGAGGUACAGCUUAAAGAAACCAUCCAAGGCCUUCCUGGUAAAAUGGAUACCGAAUUAGCAGAAUCAGGAUUGAACUUGAGUGUUGGACAGAGACAACUAGUGUGCCUCGCCAGGGCUAUUCUCAGGAAAAAUCAGAUAUUGAUUCUUGACAAAGCCACAUCCAAUGUGGAUCCAAGAAAUGAGGAGUUAAUACAAAAAAAAAUCCGUGAGAAAUUUGCCCAGUGCACUGUGCUAACCAUCACACACAGGUUGAGUACUGUUAUUGACUGUGAAUGGAUACUGGUUUUGGAUUCAGGGAGACUGAAAGAGUACACUCGGCCAUAUGGUUUGCUACAAAAUACAGAUAGCCUGUUUUACAAGAUGGUGCAGAAACUGGGCAAGGCAGAGGCCUCUGCCCUCACUGAAAGGGCAAAACAGGUGCGCUCUGAAAGGAAAUAACCAGAUAUCACUCACAGUGACCAUGUGAUUAUGAAUAUUAUGAAUGGCCAAUGGACAACUCUCAGCCUUCACAACUUUUGAGUCAACUCUGUGAUUCUACCAUGA